CUGAAGUGACAGCUAGCGCAUUAUUAAUUCGGAGUAGAAUGUAGAGCGUGAUCACACAUACCUACCCUCGUACUAAAUAUACACAGUCCUUUCCUCUUGUAAUUAAUUUCUCUCCUCCGAUCCCCACCGCUCGCCGAUGGAUCGAUCCACCAGCGUUUCGCGGCGAGACCCGUACCCAGCGGAAGAGGCGGAUUCCGUUGAGAAGAUCUUUGCGGGGUCUGAGAAGGUGCUUUCGUGGAGGGAUCAGUUGACUUUGAGGGCAUUGGUAGUGAGUUUGGUGCUGAGCAUUCUCUUCACUUUCAUAGUCAUGAAGCUCAACCUCACUACUGGCAUCAUCCCUUCACUCAAUGUCUCCGCUGGCCUCCUGGGCUUCUUCUUCCUCAAGACCUGGACCAAACUUCUCCGGAAAUCCGGCCUUUUGAAACAGCCCUUUACCAGGCAAGAGAAUACUGUCAUCCAGACCUGUGUUGUUGCCUCUUCCGGCAUUGCCUUCAGCGGUACAUACGCUCGCUCAGUCCUACCUGCUUAAUUAAUCGAGGUUUUGGAAGCUACAUGUUUGGAAUGAGCGAUGUCGUUGCCCGUCAAUCAACUGAAGCAAACAAUGCUCAGAAUAUAAAAGAACCCGGGCUGGCCUGGAUGAUUGGCUUUCUCUUUGUUGUCAGCUUUCUUGGCCUCUUUUCUGUGGUUCCCCUUCGAAAGAUAAUGAUCAUAGACUUCAAACUCACAUAUCCAAGUGGAACCGCAACUGCUCUCUUAAUCAACAGUUUUCAUACCCCGAAAGGAGCUAAGCUGGCAAAGCAACAAGUAAAAGCACUUGGGAAAUACUUCACUGUCAGCUUCCUGUGGGGUUUCUUCCAGUGGUUUUUUACGGCAGGGGAUGCGUGUGGGUUCGUAAACUUUCCCACAUUUGGGCUGAAAGCGUAUGACAACCGAUUUUACUUUGACUUCUCAGCAACCUAUGUGGGCGUUGGGAUGAUUUGUCCAUAUCUCAUUAACAUAUCCGUCUUACUUGGAGGAAUCCUUUCAUGGGGGAUAAUGUGGCCUCUCAUCAAGGAAAGAAAGGGUCACUGGUAUCCAGCAAAUCUUAGUGAAAGCAGCCUGCAUGGCUUGCAAGGAUACCGUGUUUUUAUAGCAAUCGCCAUGAUUCUUGGAGAUGGUCUCUACAACUUCUGCAAAGUAUUGGGGCAUACCCUGCAUGGAUUGUAUCACCAAAUGAAAAACAAGUCAGUCCUCCCGGUCGCGGGACAAUCACCCCCAGAACCUUCUAUGUCAGUUGAUGACAAGCGAAGAACUGAAGUUUUCCUCAAGGACCAAAUCCCGAUGUGGUUUGCAGUGUCGGGCUAUGUCACGAUCGCCAUUAUCUCGACAAUAUCACUUCCUCACAUCUUCAACCAGCUGAAGUGGUACCACAUUGUGGUGAUCUACAUUGUUGCACCUGUACUAGCCUUCUGCAAUGCAUACGGAGCGGGCCUCACCGAUUGGUCGUUGGCAUCUACGUACGGGAAGCUCGCGAUCUUCACGAUCGGGGCGUGGGCGGGGGCCACACAUGGUGGUGUUCUUGCAGGACUAGCCGCGUGCGGGGUGAUGAUGAACAUCGUGUCCACCGCAUCAGACCUGACGCAGGACUUCAAGACGGGUUACUUGACCCUGGCUUCCCCUCGGUCCAUGUUUGUCAGCCAAAUCGUUGGGACGGCGAUGGGGUGUGUCAUCUCGCCUUGCGUGUUCUGGCUCUUCUACAAGGCAUUCCACGACUUGGGGCAGCCGGGAUCAGAGUACCCAGCACCUUAUGCGCUUGUGUACCGCAACAUGUCCAUCUUGGGGGUGGAGGGGUUCUCGGCACUACCGAAGCGUUGCCUCACGCUGUGCUAUGUCUUCUUCAUUGGGUCAAUCGUCAUAAACGGGAUAAGGGAUGUGGUUGGGAAGAAGAGGGCGCGGUUCAUUCCGAUCCCCAUGGCGAUGGCCAUCCCGUUCUACCUGGGAAGUUACUUUGCCAUUGACAUGUGCGUGGGGAGCUUGAUUCUUUUCAUUUGGAGGCAGAUAAACGAGAAGAAGGCUGAUGCAUUCGCGCCGGCAGUGGCUUCCGGGCUAAUAUGUGGGGAUGGGAUCUGGACUUUGCCGCAGUCCGUGCUGGCUCUCGUUGGGGUCAACCCGCCCAUUUGCAUGAAGUUUCUGUCCCGGAAGAACAAUGCAAGGGUUGAUGCCUUGUUAGCAGCUGCUUCCUGAAUCUUUUUCUUUCAUCAUGCCCCACCCCUUUGCUAAUUAGACUCGGCAUUAUCAUCAGAUGUAACGUCUCCCUUGAUAUGUCACACACACAUAUAGUUGCAAUAGAAAUAUGAUUAGACGUUUGCUUUUUACAAUACAAGGGUUGUCAAGAUUGUAACUAUAUAUGGACAAAAACAUAAGCUAUGAGGCUCAAAAGUUUAGAAAGUUAAAAAUAAAUGAAGGGAGCAUAUAAGGUGCACACAAUAUUGUUGGCAAAGGAUUGAUUAUUUAAUUUGGUAUCUAUAUACUGCGUAUCUACAUAAUUUUGUUCAUAUGAAAUACAUAGAUACCAAAUUAAAUUACCAAUAAUUUGUUGAUUAUUGUGCAUCUUAUAUGCCCUCCUCAUUUCUAUUUAACUUUUAAAAAUUUUGUGCCCCAUGUUCGUGUCCAUUAUUACUUCUCUAACUAUAUGAUCGGGUCAUGAUGACGGCAUUUCAU